AUGGUGGGCUAUGACCCCCGUAAGGAUGCAGCUCUAUCCCCUGAAGAUUCUGCCCUGGCAGGGUCAGCUGCUGGGAUGGUCACACGAGUCCUCAUCAGUCCUUUUGAUGUAAUUAAAAUAAGAUUUCAGCUCCAGGUUGAGCGUGUGUCUUCAAAGAAACCUGAGGGAAAGUACAGUGGAAUAUUUCAGGCAUUUCGCUGCAUUUACCGAGAGGAAGGCCUGUCUGCGUUUUGGAAAGGACACAUCCCUGCACAGCUUCUAUCUAUUGCAUAUGGGGCUGUACAGUUUGCAAGUUUUGAGUUUCUGACGGAGGUUGUCCACAAGACAACGUCAUUUGACAGUCAAACAUCAGGAGUGCACUUUCUGUGUGGAGGCCUCGCUGCCUGCUCCGCCACCGUUGUCUGUCAGCCUCUUGACACUUUGCGUACUCGGUUUGCAGCUCAAGGGGAACCUAAGAUUUACAGGAAUCUUCGACAUGCAGUAUUGAAAAUGAGUCGCUCUGAGGGGCCACUAACAUUUUACCGAGGCCUGUCUCCAACACUCAUGGCUGUGUUUCCGUAUGCUGGGUUGCAGUUCUUUUUCUACAAUGUAUUUAAAAAAAAGUUGGCUCCUGCCCCUAAUGCUGGAAACUCUGGAGGAAACCUGCACAGCCUGUUGAGUGGAAGUGGAGCUGGAAUGAUCAGUAAGACAAUCACAUACCCUUUUGAUCUUUUCAAGAAGCGACUGCAGGUUGGGGGCUUUGAGGAGGCUCGCCGUAACUUUGGAAAGGUGCACAUUUACAAAGGCCUGCUGGACUGCGCUGCUCAAAUUGCCAAAGAAGAAGGUGCACCAUCGGCUUUCAGAAGCAUAGGAGCAGAUCUGGCAUGUAUCAGCAUCGCCGGCAUGUCUUCUGGCGUGCAGGGGGGGCUGGGAUCACCAGGCCAGAGAGAAGUCUGCUUCACUUGA